CAUGGAGAAACAUCGCCAAAUUUGCUCUGCAGCUAAUAUUGCCGAACAUGAAUUGGCCGAGCUGAUGCUGACAGGAUGGCUCGAUUGACGAACCCCGGAUUGCCCGGGGUACACCCUUGUCAGCACACUUCCCAGAGCUAGUCUAGUGACUUAUUUUGACAUGUCGAGUGCCAAAAACUCGGUGAUUCUUUAUAUAUAAUGGGACGCCUCGACUAUUCUUUUGCUAGUUGAUCCAGGCUCAUUCCACAAUCCGCGCGGCUGUCGAGUCCAACUGCCAGGCCUUUGUCUCCUAGGGACCGUCUUGUACUUGGGUACCUUGGAGGGUGACAUUCACCAAGACCUACCGGCACAAAUAUUUGUAUAGUCACCGUUAUCAAAGCUGGUCCAAGUUAGGACAGACCCGUUCGUGCCCAUGGCCUCCAAUCGAGAAGCCACGGCUGGCGCAGACGCAGAAAAGAGUCCGACAAUGGCACCCCCUCGCAAUGUCGACAUGGACACCUCCCCCUCCUCCCUGGCUCUCGAAGCCAAACACGCCGCGUCCUCGGAACAGGAAAUGACCCUCUGGGCCGCCAUCAAGACCUACCCCAAAGCAAUCGGCUGGUCUGUCCUGCUAUCCUCUACCCUGAUCAUGGAAGGAUACGACCUCGCCCUGCUGUCCUCCCUCUACAACUCGCCCGUCUUCAACCAAAAGUACGGCGAGUUCAACCCGGCCACCGGGAAGUGGGUCAUCAGCGCCGCGUGGCAGUCGGGCCUGUCCAACGGCGCCCGGGCCGGCGAGAUCCUGGGCCUGAUCCUCGCCGGCUGGGCCUCGGACCGCUGGGGCUACAGGGUGACGACGAUGCUGGGCCUCGUGCUCAUGAUGGCCUUCAUCUUUGUGCUCUUCUUGGCGCCCAGCGUCGAGGUCCUCGUCCUCGGCGAGGUGCUCUGCGGCAUACCCUGGGGCGCCUUCCAGUCCGUGACCCCCGCCUACGCGUCCGAGGUGGCCCCCGUCGCGCUGCGCCCGUACCUGACCACCUUUAUCAACAUGUGCUGGGUCGUCGGGCAGUUCUUGGCCCAGGCCGUCAACUACAACAGCAUCCGCCGGACCGACGAGUGGGCCUACAGGAUCCCCUUUGGCGUGCAGUGGGUCUGGCCCGUCCCCAUCCUGGUCGGCGUGUGGUUCGCCCCCGAGAGCCCCUGGUGGUUCGUGCGGCACGGCGACCGCGCCGCCGCCAAGCGGUCCCUGCUCCGGCUGACCAGCCCAGGCCAGCCCGGGUUCGACGCCGACGAGACCAUCGCCAUGAUCGAGCACACCAACGAGCUGGAGCGGCGCGUCAAGGAGGGCGUGCGGUUCCGCGACUGCUUCAGGGGCGUCGACCUGCGCCGCACCGAGGUCGUGGUCGGCAUCUGGCUGGUGCAGACGCUGGGCGGCCAGAACCUGAUGGGCUACUUCUCGUACUUUCUGACGCAGGCCGGCAUGGACGCCAGCAACUCGCUCGCGCUGUCCAUGGGCCAGUACGCGCUGGGCAUGGUCGGCACGGCGGGGAGCUGGCUGCUGAUGGCGCGCGUCGGCCGCCGCACCAUCCACUUUGCCGGCCUGACCGCGCAGCUGCUGAUCCUGCUGGUGGUCGGCGGGCUGGCCUUUGCCGGCACCAACGCGGGCGUCUGGGCCAUCGGCGGCAUGCUCAUCGCCUUCACCUUUGUCUACGACUUUACCGUCGGCCCCGUCACGUACUCGCUCGUCUCGGAGCUGUCGAGCACGCGCCUCAAGGCAAAGACCAUCGUCUCGGCCCGCGCCGCCUACAACGCCAGCAACAUCUUUGUCAACGUCAUGACCAACUACCAGCUGAGCAGCGCCAGCACCGGCUGGAACUGGGGCGCAAAAACGGCCUUCUUCUGGGCCGGCACCGCCGCCCUGAGCGCCGUCUGGGUCUUCUUCCGAGUGCCCGAGCCCAAGGGUCGGACGUAUGCCGAGCUCGAUAUCCUCUUUGAGCAGGGCGUAUCUGCAAGGAAGUUUGCUAGCACAAAGAUUGAUCCGUAUGAGCAUGGUGUAGAAAGUACCGCAAAAGAAGAGCAAGUGUAAAGGUCUUUAAUGGGAGCUAGGCUAUGUAGUUAUUUUUGUCAACUUGAACAGUUGGCACUCGAGACCCCUCAAUAAUGGAUAAUACAUACAUUGGGUAUAUAUAGAACUCCAGAAACUCUGGACAUAUGGCCGUAGGUUUGAUCAAAAG